AUGUUCAACAGUAUUAAGAAAUUUUAUAACAAGGAUAACUUCGAUUAUUCGCACGGCUAUGUGGACCCUUUCAAGUUUCACAAAACCUGUUAUAUGUUCCUCAAAGCCUUUCAGGUUGUGGAUCAACCUAUCCCAAAAUGGACAUUUAUUUUGAAAACGUUCAUACUGUUCUGCGGGGCUAGCGCUCUUCUUAUGCUAACUAUAUCACUGUACCAUGGGAUUGAGAGCCGCGACAUAGCUCACAUAACCGAAGCGGGGACGUAUGAGUUGAUUAUGUUGUAUAAGCUUUUAAUCCUGUCGUGCACUAAAUCGAAUUUGUUAGACUAUCACAAUUUACUAAGAAUUAUACGAGAAGAUUUUCAGUAUGUGUGUAACAGAGGUAGCAAAUACAGAACAAGGUUUUUUGAAAACCAACUCACUAUUUGGAAGGUCUGUCUAUUCAGUAUCCUGUUCAUGGGAUCCGUUGGGCUCGGAAUGAUGAUAUUCUCUGUUACUGCAUUAUUGUGGUAUUUGUCUUUUCACAAUCCAGAGUUAAGUGGAAAGCGUCCUUUACCCUUCCCGUUCUGGGCAUUCGAAACGGAUUUCGGGAAGUCACCAUUGUACGAAAUAUGUUUGAUUUAUUCAAAUAUGUGUGUUGUUGCAUACAUAUCGAAUUACUUGUUUAUGAUGCAGAUCCAAAUAUUAUGGAUAGGCGAGAUUGCGACCAAAGCAGAUUUAGUUAUUUGGAGCAUCGAAGAUCUAAUGAAAGGAAUCCGUCCAGCGGUCAACAAACGAGAGCAAUAUUACUUUUCGACUUUAAUCAAAUACAGAAUGUCUGAAAUUUUACGGUUGCAUCAUUCAAUGAUUGAUCUUAUGAUGUACUACGCUCGGGUUUACACAAAAUUAUUAAUGUUCGAGCAAAAAGUUUGUGCACCCGUGGUUUGCCUGAGCGCCUACUGCACCACAGAGAAACUUCAAGAUGGCCAGUUUAAUCCAAUAUCCAUGCUGUUGUGUAUUGCAACCAUAAUAUCCGUGUUUAUACCGAGUUACUUGUGCAAUUUCCUGUCUCUGAAGGUAAGUUCGAUUGGCUUUGCGUGUUGGAAUAUUCCGUUUUGGCAAGCGACGCCAGUGAUACGCCCCUACUUAGUCCUCAUUAUGCAACGGUCUUUGCGACCCCUGCCCAUUAAAGCGCCUGGCUUUGAAGAGGUAUCUAUUGAAACAUUUUCAAACAAAAUGGCUUCAGCGUAUUCCUUUUACAACAUGCUCAGACAAGCAAAUAUUUAA